UUUGAGGUUACACAACGAAGUUAUGGAAGUCACAAAAAAUAUUUAAUUAAAAAAUAAAAAAGAGAGCAAUGCAAACAUAAAUUUAUUACAUAUUCUUAAUGUGUCUCAAAUAAAAACUAAAAUAUUAUAUUAAACAUCAUACAUAUAAAUAAGAAAUAUAUAAAUUUAUAUUAAUAAUAAAUGUAUAGUUUUUUGAUUUUCCCGCCUUUGAAUAAAGCGGGACUGAUAACGUGAUUAUUUUACGCCAAGUACCAGACAACUGCAGUUUGUUUAUAUUGUUAUUUUGAAUAUAAUCAACGAUAAAUAUUAAUGAUUGAUGAUCAAAUAUUAAUAAAAACGAGAAAAUAUUAUGUAAUUUGAUAUAAUUGGCACCAAAAUGACUAAUUCUGCAUUCAUCCUUGAUAAUGGAGCAUACACAACCAAAGUUGGACUCUCUACAGAAAAUCCAAAGAUAGUUCCUAAUUGUAUAAUGAAAGCGAAAAGUGAACGUCGAAGACCUUUCAUAGGAAAUCAAAUAGAAGAAUGCAGAGACGCUUCUGGACUAUUUUAUAUUUUACCAUUUCAGAAAGGAUAUCUUGUAAAUUGGGAUAUUCAAAAAACUGUCUGGGAUUAUAUAUUUUCAAAAGAAUGUUGUCCUGUUAAUUUAAGUCAACUUUCUGUGGUAGUAACUGAACCACCAUUUAAUUUUGCAAGUAUUCAAGAGGCCAUGACUGAAAUCUUUUUUGAAGAAUAUGAAUGCCAUAGUCUUCUUAGGAUAAAUACAAGUAGUCUUUCAUGUUACAAUUAUAGAAGUGAAAGACCUGGAACUAAAUGUUGUAUAAUAGUUGAUACUGGAUACAGCUUUACACAUAUUGUCCCAUAUGUAAAUGGUAUUAAAAUUAAGGAAGGUAUACGAAGAAUAGAUGUGGGUGGAAAACUUCUUACAAAUCAUCUGAAAGAGAUAAUAUCUUAUCGUCAAUUACAUGUUAUGGAUGAAACAUACGUAAUAAAUCAAGCAAAAGAAGAUUCUUGCUUUGUAUCACAAGAUUUUUAUAAAGAUAUGGAAUCUGCUAAGAAAAAGUUAGAAAAUAAUGACAUUGUUAAAGAUUAUGUUUUGCCAGAUUAUACAACAUUGCGGCGAGGCUUUCUUAAAAAUCCAGAGGUUUCUAAUGAACAACAAGCAGUUCGUUUGAGCAAUGAACGAUUUGCAAUACCUGAAAUUCUUUUUCAUCCAUCUGAUGUUGGUAUUCGACAAAUGGGUAUACCAGAAGCUAUUAUAGAUUGUUUGAAAGCUUGUGAAGAAGAAACAUGGCCACAUCUUUUAUCUAACAUAGUACUUACAGGUGGAAAUGCAAAGUUUCCAGGUUUUCGAGACAGAGUGUUUAAAGAAGUUAGAAGUCUUGCACCAUUUGAUUAUAUGAUAAAUGUUUUUUCACCAGAGAAUCCAAUCACUUAUGCAUGGCAUGGUGGAAAAGCAUUAUCAAAAGAUCCAAUAUUCUCUGGUCUUCUUGUAACAAGAGAAGAAUAUGAAGAAGAAGGUCAAUCACUUUGUUUUGAAAGAUUUGAUGUUUAAUAACAUUAUUUAAACAAUGAAAGUUACAUAUUUUUAAUAAAUAUGUUGUCUUUGUACAAUA